GUGUUUUGGAAGGGAGGUACUAAAGUUAAUCCAGCAAUGCAGGAAGUAGCUAAGGUGUUGUCCCUGAAGGGGAAGGUGGCACUCAUCACAGGUGCCAGCUGGGGAAUAGGUGCUGCCACAAGUGCCUUAUUUGCUAAAAUUGGAGCGAAAGUUGCUCUUAGUGGGCGAAACCUGGACAAACUGAAAGUAACGGCAGAGCAGUGUGAUGAUGGCCAAAAUGGAAAGGCUUUCAUAGUGCCUGGUGAUAUAACCGAUGAAGCGGUGGCUAGAAACAUAGUACACGAUACAGUUGCACAUUUUGGGCAGCUGGAUGUGCUUGUGAACAAUGCUGGAAUAUUUGAAUUUGGCUCAGUUGAAAAUGCCACUCUGAAGCAGUUUGAUAGAAUCAUGAACACUAAUGUAAGAGCUGUUUUCUACCUUACUCAUCUGGCAGUGCCUCACAUAAUCAGAAGUAAAGGAAACAUUGUGAAUGUCUCCAGUCUUGCUGGGCUAAGAACAUUACCUGGCUUCUUGGCUUAUUGCAUGUCUAAAUCUGCAAUGAAUCAAUUCACAAGAGGUGCAGCAUUGGAACUGGCCUCAAAACAAGUGAGAGUGAAUGCUGUUUGUCCUGGUGUAAUUGUCACAGGCAUUCACUUACGAGCAGGCAUGGGUCGGGAAGAAUAUGCAAAGUUUCUUGAAGAGUGCAAGAGGGCUCAUGCCCUGGGAAGACCAGGUACAUCAGAUGAAGUGGCUCAGGCUAUUGCUUUUCUGGCUUCUGAUGCAGCUUCCUUUAUUACUGGAGUAACACUCCCUGUGGAUGGUGGACGACACGCAAUGGUUCCUGAAUGUGAACGACACAGCUGAUGGGACUUGAAUCUUGCCUCUUUUUAUGCUAUUGGAUAUUAAUCUGAUGCUGUGAGUUUCAAAACUGUUUGUGCAGCUGGAAUAAACUAAUAUAAAAAAAAUCUGAGUUUACUUUUUCA